AGCUCGGCAGCCGCAGAGGCGGCAGCGGCGGCGGCGCGGCGCAGGCACCGGCCCGGGGAGCGGCACCAUGAGCGGAUCACAGAACAAUGACAAAAGACAAUUUCUGCUGGAGCGACUGCUGGAUGCAGUGAAACAGUGCCAGAUCCGCUUUGGAGGGAGAAAGGAGAUCGCCUCGGAUUCCGACAGCAGGGUCACCUGUCUGUGUGCCCAGUUUGAAGCCGUCCUGCAGCAUGGCUUGAAGAGGAGUCGAGGAUUGGCACUCACAGCGGCAGCGAUCAAGCAGGCAGCGGGCUUUGCCAGCAAAACCGAAACAGAGCCCGUAUUCUGGUACUAUGUGAAGGAGGUCCUCAACAAGCACGAGCUGCAGCGCUUCUACUCCUUGCGCCACAUCGCCUCAGACGUGGGCCGGGGCCGCGCCUGGCUGCGCUGUGCCCUCAACGAACACUCCCUGGAGCGCUACCUGCACAUGCUUCUGGCCGACCGCUGCAGGCUCAGCACUUUUUAUGAAGACUGGUCUUUUGUGAUGGAUGAAGAGAGGUCCAGCAUGCUUCCUACAAUGGCAGCGGGUCUGAACUCCAUACUCUUUGCGAUUAACAUCGACAACAAGGAUUUGAACGGGCAGAGUAAGUUUGCUCCCACCGUUUCAGACCUCUUAAAGGAGUCAACGCAGAAUGUGACCUCCUUGCUGAAGGAGUCCACGCAAGGAGUGAGCAGCCUGUUCAGGGAGAUCACAGCCUCCUCUGCCGUCUCCAUCCUCAUCAAACCUGAACAGGAGACGGACCCCUUGCCUGUCGUGUCCAGGAAUGUCAGUGCUGAUGCCAAAUGCAAAAAGGAGCGGAAGAAGAAAAAGAAAGUGACCAACAUUAUCUCAUUUGAUGAUGAGGAAGAUGAGCAGAACUCUGGGGACGUUUUUAAAAAGACACCUGGGGCAGGGGAGAGCUCCGAGGACAACUCUGACCGCUCCUCUGUCAAUAUCAUGUGCGCCUUUGAAAGCCCUUUUGGGCCAAAUUCCAAUGGAAGUCAGAGCAGCAACUCAUGGAAAAUUGAUUCCCUGUCUUUGAACGGGGAGUUUGGGUACCAGAAGCUUGAUGUGAAAAGCAUCGAUGAUGAAGAUGUGGAUGACAAUGAAGAUGACGUGUAUGGAAACUCAUCAGGAAGGAAGCACAGGGGCCACUCGGAGUCGCCUGAGAAGCCACUGGAAGGGAACACCUGCCUCUCCCAGAUGCACAGCUGGGCUCCGCUGAAGGUGCUGCACAAUGACUCCGACAUCCUCUUCCCUGUCAGUGGCGUGGGCUCCUACAGCCCAGCAGAUGCCCCCCUCGGAAGCCUGGAGAACGGGACAGGACCAGAGGACCAUGUUCUCCCGGAUCCUGGACUUCGGUACAGUGUGGAAGCCAGCUCUCCAGGCCACGGAAGUCCUCUGAGCAGCCUGUUACCUUCUGCCUCAGUGCCAGAGUCCAUGACAAUUAGUGAACUGCGCCAGGCCAUUGUGGCCAUGAUGAACAGGAAGGAUGAGCUGGAGGAGGAGAACAGAUCACUGCGAAACCUGCUCGACGGUGAGAUGGAGCACUCAGCCGCGCUCCGGCAAGAGGUGGACGCCUUGAAAAGGAAGGUGGCUGAACAGGAGGAGCGGCAGGGCAUGAAGGUCCAGGCGCUGGCCAGAGAGAACGAGGUGCUCAAAGUCCAGCUGAAGAAAUAUGUAGGAGCUGUCCAGAUGCUGAAAAGAGAAGGUCAAACAGCUGAAGUUGUGCCAAAUCUUUGGAGUGUUGAUGGAGAAGUUACAGUAACUGAGCAGAAGCCGGGAGAAAUUGCUGAAGAACUUGCAAGCUCCUACGAAAGAAAGCUCAUCGAGGUGGCAGAGAUGCAUGGCGAGCUGAUUGAGUUCAACGAGCGCCUGCACAGGGCCCUGGUGGCCAAGGAAGCCCUCGUGUCCCAGAUGAGGCAGGAGCUCAUCGAUCUCCGGGGACCGGUGCCUGGAGAUUUGAGUCAAACGUCCGAAGACCAGAGUUUGUCGGAUUUUGAAAUAUCAAACCGGGCGCUGAUCAACGUCUGGAUCCCCUCAGUGUUUCUCCGGGGCAAAGCAGCAAAUGCAUUCCAUGUGUAUCAGGUCUACAUCCGGAUAAAAGACGAUGAAUGGAACAUCUAUCGCCGGUAUACAGAGUUCAGGAGUUUGCACCACAAGUUACAAAACAAGUACCCUCAAGUGAGGGCCUACAACUUCCCACCCAAAAAGGCCAUUGGAAACAAGGAUGCCAAGUUUGUGGAGGAACGAAGAAAGCAGCUCCAGAAUUACCUGCGCAGCGUCAUGAACAAAGUCAUCCAGAUGGUCCCCGAGUUUGCCGCCAGCCCCAAGAAGGAGACCCUCAUCCAGCUGAUGCCCUUCUUUGUCGACAUCACCCCACCCGGAGAACCUGUCAACAGCAGCCGGCCCAAAGCGGCUUCUCGCUUCCCCAAACUCUCCCGAGGUCAGCCCCGGGAGCCGCGCAACGUGGAGCCCCAGAGCGGCGAUCUCUGACCUUGACAAAACCCCAGCCACGGGCCCUACGCAUCGCGCCAGCUGUCUCCACCCCAACCACUGCCGCUGGCCCGUAAACCUCGGCGUGAGAACGUCGUCCUACCUGGUGAUCCUGAGAGCACACGAUCCCCACUAGUUACACAACACCCUGAUUAAACUGGUCAGUCUUUGAACCGCACAGUCUAGUGACCCCAGAAAGCAAGGCAGUGCCUCGCUGGACAGACGGGGACACGUGGUCCUUCUGCUCCUGGGGUCUGCCCUAGGCUGGAGGGGCUGUUCGCCUUCCUGCAGUUCAGGGCUGGCAGGAGGGUGGCCACCAGGUCAGGCUGGGUGGCCUCUGAGAUGCACAGGUGAUCCCCUACAUAGGGAAGUUCCUACAGAGCCAGCCUCUCUACUCUUUGCCACAUGGGGACUAGAAUGACUGUUAUAGCCUCUCCUUUUGCUUUUUAAGG